GAUGGGCGCUUCCUCUGACCGGCCGGUGAAGUGGAUGGGUACACGCGGGGCGCAAAACUGUUUUCCGUGGAGAGGGCCUCACCCUGGGGAGGCUUGGUUGGGUCUGUCUGGGGGCACUGGGGACACUGAGCCCAGUGGGGCCGCAGCAUUCACACGGGAGACCCCCCUCGUGCCCGGCUGCAGGCCAUGGGGUGGGCAGUGAGGCUGGGCUCGAGGACAUCCUCCCUCCAGGCGGGGCUGAGUGGGCGUGGCCCUCAGCUGUGCUGGGAUGGGGUUUUUCAGACUGGACGUCCGUGUCUUGAUAGGCCCGCACAGUUGUUAACCUUGAGGAGGCCGUCAGGGCAGGAGGAGGGUCAGAGGGUCAGAGGUGCGCUCCGUCUACCGGCUCCUCACAGGCUCUGCUCUCCCCCUACGAGGGGCGCUGGGAGAGGGUCCCCACUGCCCUGAACAGAAGAGCUGUCUUUAUCUGACAGCCCACCUCAACGGUUUCGGGUCCCUGGCCUGCUGUUACUGGGCGUUGCUGGCCGCAGGGGCAGGGCACCUCUGCCUCCGGGUGAACCAGGGCAUCGCUGCCUCGGGCCCCUCCCUCCCUGUGGUUUGGCUCCUGCCCUUGGGGCCAGCAGUGCAAAUCACAGCUUUCCAGAGGCAGCCCAGCUCUACUGGAGUCUGUUUUAGACCUGGAGCCCCCUUUCUCCCCAGGCUCCCCUCCCGCCUCUCCCGGCCUGCCCUGCUGAUGCUCAAACUCAGACUGGAGCUGAGGACUUGGGGUGCACCCCUUGGGGAGGGGCUGGGCCUGCCCAGGCAGCUCUAGUUCCAACCACAACAUCCUUUGGGGUUUGGCCUUCAGACCUGGGGUGGAUGACUUCCAAAUAGCCCUGGCAGAUCCUCCCGUGACCCACCUACAACAUGGUGGGUGCCCCCCCCCCGCCUCCAGGGCACAACCCAGAGUAUAAAGGGUGCUGGCCGCAGGGCCAGAAUCAGACCAGCUGAGGCCCAGCAGCAGCCCGGCAGCCGCUCCCAGACACGGACAGACAGGACACACCCGCCAUGAGGCCCGUGACCGUCCUCGCCCUACUGGCCCUGGUCGCACUCUGCCUAGCUGGCGCAGCAGAUGCGAAGCCCAGCGGUGCAGAGUCCCGCAGAGGUGCAGCCUUCGUGUCCAAGCAGGAGGGCAGCGAGGUGGUGAGGAGGCUCCGGCGUUACCUGGACUCCUGGCUGGGAGCCCCAGCCCCCUACCCGGAUUCCCUGGAGCCCAAGAGGGAAGUCUGCGAGCUCAACCCCCACUGUGACGAGCUGGCUGACCACAUCGGCUUCCAGGACGCUUACCAGCGCUUCUAUGGCACAGUCUAGAGCGGGCAGCCCCGCUGGCCUGGCUGGCAGCGCCCCCACCCCGGCUCCCCUCCCCUCUCCCCGGCCCCCCUGCCCCGCAAGUGUGGGGUCCCCAUCA